CAAAAACCCCUGCCACGAUCACGUGCUCAUCGUCGACUUAUCAUGUGACUUCUCCUCCGCCACCCCGACCCCCACCCCACCCCCAAUCACAACCACUGUACUCUCUUUCUUCCCCUGUAAUUUGCUCCCUCUCCCUCACAGAGCUUCACAACACUCCCUUUACACAUCUACAUUUCUAGGGUUUUUUGUCCUUUUGCGCACAAACUUCAUCAAAAGAGCUCUGAACUAGUUUUAUGUGAACAAACUUCAUCAACAAUGGGCUGCUUCCAGUCCAAAACCGCCAAUGUUCAAACUCCUGAUCAAGUCCCUGAAUCCAAACCAGAUCCAGCCAAUGGAGAUGAAGCAUCAGAUCAACAAGAUCAAGAUCAAGGAGUCCCCGCAUUCAAAGAGUUCGAACUGACGGAGCUUCGAGCGGCUACAAAUGGGUUCAGCAGCGAGCUUAUAGUUUCAGAGAGCGGAGAGAAAGCUCCGAAUGUGGUUUAUCGAGGGAAGCUUCGUAGCAAUAAAGUCGUUGCCAUUAAACGUUUUUCCAAGCUAUCUUGGCCCGACCCACAACAAUUCGUGGCAGAAGCUGCUGGUGUUGGCAAAGUCAGACACAAGAGAUUGGUCAACUUAAUUGGGUGUUGUGCUGAGGGAGAAGAACGUCUUUUAGUCGCUGAAUACAUGCCCAAUGAUACCCUCUCAAAGCAUCUAUUUCAUUGGGAUAAACAACCUUUGCCAUGGGAAAUGCGUGUGAGAGUUGCAAACCAUAUUGCACAAGCUCUUGAUCAUUGCAAUACUGAAAAUAGGAAAAUCUAUCAUGAUCUAAAUGCAUAUAGAGUCCUCUUUGAUGAGGAUGGUGAUCCUCGGUUAUCUAGUUUUGGUUUGAUGAAAAAUAGUCGAGAUGGGAAGAGUUAUAGUACUAAUCUUGCUUAUACUCCCCCUGAGUUUUUGCGUACAGGCAGGGUUUUUCCAGAGAGUGUGAUUUACAGCUAUGGAACUGUCUUACUGGAUCUUUUGAGUGGAAAGCAUAUACCUCCAAGUCAUGCAUUAGAUUUAAUACGUGGAAAAAACAUAUUGUUGUUGAUGGAUUCAUCAUUGGAAGGGCAAUAUGGUGAUGAAGAUGCAACUGCAAUGGUGGAACUUGCUUCAAAGUGUCUUCAAUACGAGGGGCGAGAUCGUCCAGAUAUUAAGUUUCUUCUUACAUCAGUUGCCCCUUCAAAAACAGACAGAUGUUGCAUCACAUGUGCUGAUGGGUUUGAUAAAAACAGUAACUCCAGUGGCAGUGGCAGUGGCAGUGGAUACAGAGAUGAAGAGGGGGCCGAAAAUGAGCUGUCAUUCCAAGAAUGGACCCAACAAGUGCAAGACAUGCUAAACACAAAAAAGUUUGGAGACAUUGCAUUUAGGGACAAGGAUUUCAAAGGUUCUGUUGAACAUUAUUCCAAGUUGGUUUCAAUGAUGCCGGUCCCUUCGGGCACGAUUUUUGUGAGACGGGCACUUUCUUACAUGAUGAUCGGGCAGCCUGAGCUUGCAUUGCGAGACGCAAUGCAAGCUCAGGUGUGUUUGCCCGAGUGGCCCACCGCGUUUUACAUGCAAGCGUUGGCUCUUUCUAAGCUUGGCAUGGAAACGGAUGCUCAAGAUAUGCUCAAUGAUGGCUCCGCAUUUGAAGCCAAGAGGCAAAAUAGUUGGCGCAACUAGCCUUUGUAUGUAUGUACGAAUCUGAUGCGUACUUUGUUGUUGUACACAUCAGAUGCGUACUUUGUAUGUAUCAGAUGCGUAUGCAUCUGAUACAUAAAAGUGUGUGUCAAACACAAAUUAAGGGUAAUCGAAGAAAGUUUGGGUUCUUAAUAUGCUAUGAAGCUAAUGAGAUAGGCCCGGACGCAAUUGGGUUUAUUUAAUGGGGGGAGGGGUUGGGCACGAUUGUUUAUUGUCGUUGUGAUGUAGACUAUAGUAUCAUACGUAGAAUUUGUAUAAAGUGCCUUAAAGUUAAAAGGCUUGUAUUCGAGUUUAAGUUAUUUAUGUGUCGUUUGCUUUUACCCUUUUUUUAAAGUGGUCGACAUAGUUUGGUUUAGUUUUGGUUUUUUACUAAAACUAAAAUGAAACCGG